AUGAGUUUUGACAAGAUAUACACGAUCAGCUACUCGAAUAUGGAGGUCUACGAGAGCGUGAUCAGAAACAACACGCCCAUAAUGAGAAGACGGUCGGACAACUGGGUUAAUGCCACUCAGAUUCUUAAGGCUGCUGACUUUGGAAAGCCCCAGAGAACGAGAAUUUUGGAAAAGGAGGUCCACAAGUCCCUUCACGAGAAGAUCCAGGGUGGUUACGGGCGUGUUCAGGGUACCUGGGUGCCUUUGGAGAUGGCCAGACACCUGGCGGAUAUCUACGGGCUGAAGCGGGACGAAGUUUAUGUGCUUUACUAUGAUCCGGCUUCUGAUGGGCCCAUUCCGAAAAGGGACAAACCUGUCGUGAUCGAGAUCUCUUCCGAGGCAAGUGCCAAACUGAAUAAGAGGAAAGUUCCUGCUACAGCAAAAUCGUCUGCCAAAUCAACAGAUUCUUCUAGAAUUGAGAAAUCGCAAGCAGCGAACCAGCUGAAGCAGCAACAGGCCCUUCAAGACCGGUUGAGACAGCAGGCCGAGGUUCAAAUACCGUAUGCCCAGCAGUAUCAACAACAGAUACAACAACAACAACAACAACAACAACAACAGCAGCAGCAGCAGCAACAGCAACAGCAGUACGCGGCAAUGUUUACACAACCCAACAAUGCUUCCAACCAAGUUCCACAUCAGUUCAGACCUCACAAUAAUAGUCAGACGUCGCAAUCCACCAACGAAAGCUGGUCGCAGGACGAAUCAUCAGCUUCGCAGGGAAGGCGCAAUUCCGAUACUUCAUUGUCGUCCACAAACUCGCAGCAAAUGAUGAUUAUGCACAAAAACAUGGAUAUGAUGAGAAAUCAGCACUACCAACAGCAGCAACAACUUCAACUUCAACAGCCGCAGCCUCAAGUUCUUCCGCAGCAACAGCAGCACAUGGCUUCUCAGGUUGAAGAUCCUCAGGAAUAUUACACUGCCAGAUUACUGAACUACUUCAGUGUUGACAAUGCUCCUAUUCCCGAGUUUCUGUAUGCACUACCGCCUAACUUUGAUAUCAACCUUCCAAUUGAUGAUGAGGGACAUAGUCCACUCCAUUGGGCUGCUGCAAUUGCAAACCUCGAGGUUGUGGAACUUUUGAUCAAGAACAACGCGGAUCCGCUGGUUAUCAACGACAGUGGUAUGAAUGCAUUAUCCAAGUUGGUGAGCUUCAACAACGCGUAUGAACUCAAUAACUUCGAAGGUCUUCUUCAGUGUCUGAAGCACUGUCUUAUCAUCCCUGAUGCAAAUGGGCGGACUCCACUGCAUUAUAUCAUGGAUCUGGUUGGGUACCACUCCAAGCUAGAAAGCCUGUUCUAUUACUUGAACUGUAUCUUCCAGUUCAUUCACAUGACAGAGCUGGAGGCCCAGGCUUCGGGGCAAACAGAGCCCAACAAACUUCUCUCAAUUGUGUUGAGCCACAAGGAUGUCUAUGGCGAUACCGCACUACACAUUGCCGUGAGACAUGGUGAUAAGAGAUUCAUCAAGAUGUUGCUGGCCAACGGGGCAGACGUUAACAUAAAGAACAACAAGGGAGAAACGUGCAAGGACUCGAUCAGCUUUGAUCUGCUGCAAGAAGUCCACAAGGAGUACAUGCAGAGCCAAAAACCGGAGAAGAAGAAGCAGAAGCAACAGUCUCAGAGCUUCAACACUUCGCAAAUGUCAAACGUUUCGAGGGCCUCUCUGAUCUCUCAAGAUUCGUCGUUUCUCCAGGAAACCGAUUCAUUGGCAGCAGAGGUUGUUGCUGAAGCCUAUAAGAUCCCUACGAACGUGAAGACUGUAUUGGACUCCUCGCCGCCACAGACGAAGCAAACCGCUAAGAAUUCUGUACUAACUCUGAAGACUGAAAUUCCCAGCAUGUUCCAAAAACUGAAUGAGAUGAUCGACCAAGAAAUGGCAGACAGAAACGCAGAACUCCAGCACAGCGAGGAAGUUUACAGCAACAUGAUGAAAGAUAUCGAGAGGUUAGAGAGGAAGAACACUAAAAUGGUUCAGCAGAUUUUCAGAAUUGACUCGGAGCAAGCCCAGAAAUACCUUGCUGUGCAAGAAGAUCUUGCCGAGGACCCAAUUGACAUCGGUGGGUUAAAGCCUUCGACGAUGCCCAAACACGAGAUGGGCCCGAAAGCAUUGCAGUGGAAACUGAAGAAUGAGUCCAAGAGCCUGAACACAGAGCUUCAGAUGAAAUCUGAGAAAUUGUUCACGCUCUGGGAAAGGACUCAAUCGUUGGAAUUGGCCAAAUUAGUUCAUUCCCAUGAAUCUGUCACUAUGGACUCUGAGCCCGAACUGAGUGAGUCUGCACAGGUCAAGUUGGCCGUGGAGUUGUGCUCAUUACAGCUGAACCGUCGCCGCAAAAUCGCGGAAAUUUUGGACAUCAUCACACGUUCCAGUCCCACCUCGUCUCCAGAAGGUUCCGACAAGAUCUACAACUACAAAAGACUCAUCUCUGUGGCAUGCGGUCUGGCAAUUGAUGACGUUAACGAGGAUCUUUUGAACGGAUUAAAGGAUGCAUUGGUGGACAUGAAACAGAACGAUCAUCAUCAAUUGGAGCUUGCUGUUUGA